ACUUCAAUUUGAAGGGUUUUAUUUGCUACACUGUUGGAGAUGCUCCAACAUCCAACAGUGUCAUUUCGAGCCAAUUGAUCUUGGGUCAUUCAUAACCACAGAGCAGGAGAGCAUCAGAGUUUUACGAUCAUUCCAAGUUGACGAAAUGGAUUGGGGUUUUGUACAUAAAGCUUGGGACAAGUGGGCUUCUCCCAAUAUCGGCUCUGAUAAGCCAUUAAAAGCAGCUAUAUUGAUCAACUAUGACCCAACUGGUCCGUCUCGCUUAUUGUCUACUAUCGCAGAAGAAGAAGGGAUAAAAGUGAAUCCCAUCGAAUUGAGUCAAUUCAUUGAUUUCAUCAAAUGUGACAAGCUCCAGACUGAGAGCUUCAUUAUUGGACCAAACCAAUAUAUAGUCACAUCAAUUCAUGAGAAUUGGUUCUGUGCAAGGUGCAUGAACACAUCAAAAUCUACUGGUGAAGGCGCUAUCGUUAUGCAUACAGCAGCAUUUCUCUUGGUUGCAUUGUACGAUGGUUCUAUUGGCUCAGCAUCUCGUGCUAUGGUGGCUGUUGAUCAGUUUGCGUGGCAAUUAACUCGAAAGAAUCUGUAACUUUGUCAAAAAGAUAGUGGCAGUAGUGAUAAGCUGCUGUCCAGCGGCUAAAACAGUGCCAAACCACAGUAGAAACGGAAUCCCAGCGAUAAACAACACAGAAAAUAGAUGGAUAAAGUGAAGUUGGAACUAAGAUAAAUGAGUUCUGGGCCAAAGACACCCCAGAGGAACUCUAUAUUCUGUCAUUUCUGAAUAAAGUUGUUAAAAGACCCUUAUUACAACUGUUAACUAGGCUUAUAUAUUACCCAUCAAACCCUAACAAAUUGGAAAACCUAAUUGACAAAGGAAAUUAAACCAAAUCCUAACUGGAAUAGGAAAACUAUAAUAUCAAAAGUAACCCUAGCCCAAUCGACUAUCGGGCUACUUAGACCUGG